UUAUCACGAACCUCAGUAUUUAUUCUUCACAUUCAUCUGAUUCAUCUGAAGGAUUCGGUUCUUCCGUUUUAUUUUUAUUAGAUAUUUAAUUCUAAAUAAAUUAACGCAACGCUACCAAGGGCAGGCUACAGCGAAUGUCGCUUGAAGAUUAUUUUAAUAUUUUUUAGUGUCGUGUUUUUUUUGCAUGGCGAUUCAAGAUUCUGGAUGCAAAUUUCCAUAGGAAUUAAUUUGCGUAAAAUCCGCUGAUCAGAACUGCACGCAUCAUACAUCAUCAUCAUCAUCCUCAUCAUCAUCCAGCGGAGGACAUAAGCAGGUAUCAGUCAUUUCCCUGUAGGAUUUGUUGAUUUGUAAUGCAUGAUGUUAUGAAUGUGUCUCGUGACUCUAAACGUGCUGAAGAUUGUUUAUUUCUCGUAAAGCAAGAAGGUCUCCUUGUUUUAGCUGAUAUCAGCAGUCAUCUGUCGGUCAGUUCCCCCGGCUGAAGGAUGGAGCAGCUCAGUCAGUGGCUCUGGAAGCAGGAAUACUGGCUUCCUCCGGGAAUCAGCUGGGAGGAUCUGGAGAAGAUGGAGGGCUCUCGGCGUCCUCUCCCGCGGGAUCUGCUCCUGGCUCUGCUUCUAACUCUGGGAUUCAUCAUGCUUCGUUACGCUUUUGAGAGACGUGUGGCGUUUCCUCUCAGCAGAGUUUUAGGAGUGAAAGAUCGAGUUUGUUUGAAAGUCACUCCUGUCCCAAAUUUGGAGGUGUUUUACACUAAAAGCAGCAGACAGCCGACGCAGAGUGAGAUCUCCAGCCUGGUUAACCAGUGCAACCUGACUCCUAGACAAGUUGAGACCUGGUUUCGUAACCGCAGAAACCAGGACAGACCCAGCAACAGUAAGAAGUUUUGCGAGGCCAGCUGGAGGUUUGUGUUCUACCUGCUUGCUUUCAGCGCGGGAUUCGCGUCUUUAAUUAACACGCCCUGGUUCUGGGAUCAGAGAGAGUGCUGGAGAGGGUUUCCUCAACAGCCGGUUCAGGACGCUCAUUACUGGUACUACAUGCUUGAGCUGGGCUUCUACUGGUCUCUGCUGCUCUGUGUGUCUGUGGACGUCAAGAGAAAAGAUUUCAAAGAACAGAUCGUCCACCACUUCGCCACUAUCUUCUUGCUGAGUUUCUCGUACUGCUCCAACUACAUUCGGAUCGGGACCCUGGUGAUGCUCGUCCACGACUCCUCUGACUUCCUGCUGGAGUCUGCCAAGAUGUUGAACUAUGCCGGCUGGAAGAAAACUUGCGAUUCAUUGUUUGUGAUUUUUGCUGCUGUAUUCCUGGUUACACGCCUGCUCGUGUUUCCCAGCAAGAUCAUCUACACCACUCUUGUUUUGUCUAUGGAAGUGUUUGAGCCGUUUAUAGGAUAUUAUUUCUUUAAUGCGCUGCUGCUGGUGCUGCAGGUGCUGCACAUUUACUGGGCUUAUCUCAUCCUGAGAAUGAUCUACAAGUUUCUCUUCUUAGGGAAAUUGGACAAGGACGAACGCAGCGACGUUGAAAGUGAAGCAGAGGAGGAAGAGAAUGAGGAAGAGGAAGAGGAGGAGGAAGAUCGGUCUUCCUGGAGGAAGAGGAAGGUGGUUCUGGACUCCAGGCUGGCGAUGCUCAGCUCCAGCUGUGUUUUAAAUAACCUGACGAAUCAGAAAGCCGACGUGAACAGAAGACUGCCGAAAGCCAGAUAGCAGCACCGUGUUUCUCUUUCAUCCACACUGAGAUCAUCAGAGCAUCGCUGCAGAAAGACACACGAAUCACUCUCAUUUACACCCAGGAGGAAGGCUUUGUGAGGGAGAGGUAGAUCAAUGAAUUUCUCUUUAUUUAGUUGCACCUCAUAUCGCUACUAAAAGAGUAGAAUUGAAUGGAAAUAAAAAUACUUGCUGGCAUGUGCAUUUAGUUCAUGACAGAGCA